GAAGUGGCGGUCAGGCGACCGUCACGUGAUCUGCGACUGAUGAUCGCUCGUCAUUUUGACCGUUCGCCUCGUUAUUUUUCUCUCCCGAGCUCGGUGUUCGCGAUGGCCGGCCGCGGGAAGCUUAUCGCCGUGAUCGGCGACGAAGACACUUGCACCGGAUUCCUCCUCGGCGGCAUCGGCGAACUCAACAAGAAUCGCAAACCGAAUUUCUUGGUGGUGGAGAAGGACACGAGCGUCACGGAGAUCGAGGAGACCUUCAAGAGCUUCUUGGCCCGCAAUGACAUUGGCAUCAUCCUCAUCAACCAGUUCAUCGCCGAAAUGAUCCGUCACGCCAUCGACGCCCACAUGCAGUCCAUCCCGGCGGUGCUGGAGAUCCCGUCCAAGGAACAUCCCUACGACGCUUCCAAGGACUCCAUCCUGCGGCGCGCCAAGGGCAUGUUCUCGGCCGACGACUUCCGAUAAAAA